AUGUGGUGGGGAGAUUCGUCGGGAUCCACUCUCUGGUUGGAGAGAGAGGCAGUCCCAGGAGGGGGACGAAGCGCGGCAAAAGUUAAUGCGGGAGGCGGAGAGCGGGGCAUCGACGCAGCAAGCCGCCGGGGCUGCCCGCCGCCCGCGCGCUCGAAGGCGGCCGCGGUGGUCGCGGAAGGGGGCUCUGGGUGUGUGUUUGGUCUGUGUGAUGGGGUGGGAGUCGAGUUGUCUGGGAGAUGGAUAAGGAUGGGGUCACUGAAAAAGACAGAAAAUGGGGCUGAGGAGGUAGCAGAGGAAGGAGGAUUAGGGAAAAGUGCUGAUGGAGUGAGAGGAAGAAAGGGCCAUGAAAGGAGAACCGGGAAAAUUCAAGGAAAAGGAGCACCAGGGAUAAGGAGGUGCGAUCACUCUGAGAAGUGGAGAGGAACAUCACAUCACAGAGUACACCUAAGGAGAGUUGAGGUAGAGGAGCAUGCCCCACGGUAUGAAGUCCAAAGUUCACAUCCAUUUUUUCUCUGCCUAUCCCAGGAUAUGAGGAAGACUUGGAGACGAUUUGAUGUCCCAACACCCAAACCAUCUAACUCAGAGGAUGAUCUCCCUGAAGAUUACCCAGUGGUCAAAAACAUGCUUCACACAUUGACAGCCGACCUGACCCUGGACCCUGGCACCGCACACCACCGUCUGCUCAUCUCCGCCCUGGGCGGCGCUGGCCCCCCGCCGCGGCGCAUUCGCGUGGACUUGGACUGGGAAAGGGGCCGCGUGGCCUUCUACGACGGCCGCUCCCUGGACCUGCUUUUCGCCUUCCAGGCGCCUGGGCCUCUAGGGGAGCGCAUCUUCCCGCUGUUCUGCACCCGCGACCCCCGCGCCCCGCUCCGCAUUGUGCCAGGGGAAAGUUGA